UUUUCGAUUUCUUCCAAAAAACCCUUUUCUGUGCGUUUUCUCGAUCUCGGUGACGAUGGCUACUGAUUGCGACGAUGAUCCGCCGUACUGUUCCGAGAUGAAGUUCCUGGACCUCCCCGAUUGUAUGAUAGAACAAGUUCUGGAGUUUCUGCCCUACGACGAAAUCGCCAAGAAGCGCAUCGUUUGCCGGACGAUGGAUCGUAUCUGCCAAUCGUUGCUGAAUCGUGGUUUCAACAAAAUGGUGCGACGACACAAUCAGCAUUUGAAAACGAUCAAGUCGCAGCUGCCCAGAAGAGAAUCGGAACGGCGGAACCACCCGCUGGCCAAACAUUCGGAUAUACUCACCUGUAUCGAGACGCGCAUCUCGAUGCUGUCCAUGACGUACGCGAAGUACAUCGACAAGGAUCUAUGCUGCUUCAUCCCGGGCAAGGUAAUCGACGAGGUGUUGACCAUACUGCGGUUAAUCGAGAACACUACACGGCCUCUGCGAGCUCACGAGAUUCUGCAGGAGCUGCGAGACAUCUCGUCGAUGGCAAUCGAACACUUUGACGAGAACAUUGCUCAUCGCUUAAAGAAAUACGUCGACGUACCCUUUCCUCACCAUCAUCACCAUCCGGUGGCCGGCAUACAAGGUCCAAGCACGAAUCCCUUCCCAUCCACCAUGCUGCUGCACAACGAUGUGUUGAUCCCUUGCGAGCUCAUACCCAAUCUGCCUCAAAGCACGGCGACCACGCCACCCGCUCCGCGACCAUUGCCAUCUUCGUCGAGCACAGUUAAUGCAAGGGUAGCCAAUCACGGCUUUUAUCGACCCACGUGUGCUGCUGGCCGUUUCAACCAUUCGUUGCUCGCCCGGAUGGAUAAGAAGGCGCAGAGAAUGCGUAACGAUAUUACCCACAUCAAUCGUACGUUGGCCAACUACAGAGUAGAGACACGCAGCAUGCGGCUCAUGUUGAAAAGAAUGCUUACUGAGAUGAAGGAACUUCGGCGACGAUUGGAAGAAUCGGAAACCAAAAACCGGGAGCUACUGGCCAACAUUCAUCAAAUUAGCUUCGGUGCACCGUCGGCUGCAACUGCGGCAGCCGCAGCGGUUGUCAGUCCUCCUGCGACGAUCAAGCAAUGCGGCAUAAAGGCUCGUCAAUCAGCUAUCCUCAAACGAGUGUUACCCGUUUCGGAAACCGACUCCCACACACAGGGACCGGUGUCUUCUGUGCCAUUGUCGUUGGGAACACCAACAGCGCUUGAUGUCGAGUCUCCACCGGAUGCUAUGGCGAUGGGGGGAACCACCGCGAAAAAAGCCAAACUUAGUGAUUAGAAACGACUCCUCUUCGCAUUACUGCGAAUAACGGUUCGGUCUACUCAUUUUUACACUCUCUAACUAUUUGAUGCGAUCCUACGAGAACGGUAAGCGAUCUGUGGAGAGAACCGUAAGCUGCAAUAUGUAUACUAACGAUAGUGUUUAAGGCAACCUUGGCAAGAUACCUUGGACCAGCGCACUUGAUGGUCUUGAGAAACUUUGUAGAGCAGGCAGCUAGCUAACAUUUGCCUAUAGCGCAUCGGAUAGCAGUUUGAUGAAACACAAUCUCUCUUGGAGCCUCCACCAAUAGGAUAUACGCAUGAAUACUCGAAUUUAAUGCUGUAAAUUGGGCUUGUAAAAUUUAGAACUAAUUGUGGAACGAAGAAAGGCGCGAAUAAAACACAAUAAACCAAAAUGUAAGAAUUUAAAAAAAAAAGAGUCUU